UGACGUUCUCCGUGACGACACGUUUUUUCGUUCUUUAGCCAACGCUACGCACCUCAGUUUUUAGUUUUUGCGAAGUUGUUGGCUUUAUUUGUCUUUGUAGGUUUGUUUAUUAUUUUUUAUUUCUUCAGCUCAGAUUGGUUAGUGGUUGCUUUUUUGUGCGGAAGGUGUUUUUGUUCUCUCCCUUCGCGGGGGAACAAAAAGAGCAGAGAUGUAUAACGGGAUCGGGCUGACCACGCCGCGCGGCAGCGGCACCAACGGCUACGUGCAGAGGAACCUGUCGUCGGUUCGGGCCAAGCGCAGCCGAGACGAUCACGGAGGACCGAAGGACGAGAAGGACAGAGAGAGGCUGGAGAGUCAGUUGAACCGACAACCCAACGCUGACAUCCUGGAGCACCAGAGGAAGAGACAGCUGGAGGUCAAAUGUGCUGAACUGCAGGACAUGAUGGAAGAGCAAGGGUACUCCGCUGAGGAGAUCGAGGAGAAGGUGAGCAGUUUCCGUAUGAUGCUGCAGGAGAAACAGGAUCCUCCUGCACCCACUGCCGAGAAAGCAAAUGUGACCGAGACGCACGCUCUCGCCGCCGCUAACCAGCAGAAGAACGACCGGCUCAGGGAGGCGUUCGGCAUCGGCUCGGACUACGUGGACGGCUCGUCCUUCCACCCCGAGCGUAAAGAGCGCGAGAGAGAGAAGAGAGAGCAGGAGAGGCUGGAGAGAGAGAAGCUACAGCAACAGAAAUAUCAGAUUAUUGAAGACUCUGACGAGUCGGAUUCUUCAUCCACUCGGAAACAGAGCCGUAAGAAGAAAAGGAAGAAAGAAAAAAGUAGAGAGAGCUCUGAAAGUCCUUCUCCAUCUCCUCGAAGAGAGAAGAAAAAAAACAAGACGAAGAAAAAGAAAAGGGAGCGGUCAGUGCAGAGUGACCACCGCGGGAGUUCGUCCGAGGACAGGCCCGAUAGAAAGAAGAAUAAAAGGAAGAGGAGUAGUGAGAACGAGACUCCGCCCCCUACGAAGAGCCGGCGACGGCGUAGCGGCUCGUCCAGCUCGGCUCGCAGUUCACCGGCCGUGUUAAAGGAGAAACAGCACAAUCCACCUGUGGCCCGGGCAGAUGAGGGGAGGAAGGGCAGAUCUCCUGAGCGCAGGGGUCGCCACAGGGACAGUCCGGAGAAGGUGGAGGUUCGAGAGUCUUCAAGGCAUUCCAGGUCCCCUGAUCGAAACAGGAAGGACCGGGAGAAGGAACGAGAGCGGGAAAAGGAGCGAGUGAAGGAAAAGCCUCAAAAGGGGCUUCACGAUUCGUCAUCUCCGCCUCGGUCUCCACCCCCUAAACAGCAGAGAGACAGACGAGCACGCAGUGAAGAGCGAGACAGGGAGAAACCUCCUCAACGGAAAAAACACGACUCGUCUUCUCCAUCACCGUCUCCGAAACGACAGCGAGACGGGAGGCAGAGGAGCGUCGAGAAGGAGCGAGAAAACGACAGGAGGAAGAGGGACAACAAACCCCAGAAGAGACACGACUCAUCUGCGUCAUCACCCUCACCUUCACCGCAGAGAGACCGAGCGCGGAGGGGACGCAGCGGCGAGAAGGAGAGAGCGUCUUCACCCGCACGUCCUUCAGACAGGGACAGAGCGAGGGACAGAGACGCCGUCCCGCAGAGUCGAGUCAGAGAGAGCGAGAAACGGAGAGAGCGAGCCCGCUCCAGCGACUCGCCCGUCUCGCCUGCCCGCCGCUCGCCACGCACCAACGGAAAGCAGAAAGAAGCGGAGCGCGAGAGGGAGAGAGAGAAAGAACGGGAGGAGGCCAGAGGAAAAGAGCGAGAGAGGGAUGCGGAAAAAAGACGAGAAGAGACUAGGAGAAAAGAGCGAGAGCUCGAGAAAGAAAAGGGACAAGAGGAGACUAGGAGAAACGAGCGAGAGGGCGAGAAAGAAAAGGGACGAGAGGAGACGAGGAGAAACGAGCGAGACAGCGAGAAAGAAAAGGGACGAGAGGAGACGAGGAGAAACGAGCGAGACAGCGAGAAAGAAAAGGGACGAGAGGAGACGAGGAGAAACGAGCGAGAGAGCGAGAAAGAAAAGGGACGAGAGGAGACGAGGAGAAACGAGCGAGAGAGCGACAGAGAAAAAGUACGAGAGGAGGUGAAGAGAAACGAGCGAGAAAAGGACAGGAGACGCUCUGAAGAGAGACGCUCCGGGAAAGACAGCGAGGCGGGAGACAGGAAGACGGAGCGAGACAAAGCCGCGGCUGAGACGGAGAGACAGGACGAGAAUGCGAGGGAGGACGAGAGGCCAGGAAGAACUCAGGAGAACUCGAGUCCGCUGGAGAAAGAGAGAGAGAAAGAGCAAAGCAAGGAGAAAGAGAAAAAGAAAUCGAAAGGUUCGAGCAGCAGUGACAGCAGCAGCAGCAGUAGUGACAGCAGCAGCAGCAGCAGUGACAGCGACAGCGAUUCUGACAGCUCAUCAUCGUCAUCUUCAUCCUCCUCUUCCUCCUCUUCGUCCUCGUCUUCGUCCUCCGACGAUGAAAAGAAGGAGAAAACUAAAGAGGUGCCUCGCGCAGUCGUAGUGCAGGCCGUGGCUCAGAGAGAGAAGGAGAAGGGCGGGAGAAACACAGACAGGUACACGCCCACAGAGCGGGAGAGCUCCGCCUCUGUAUCCGCACAGGCUCCGCCCACCAGAAAGGACGACCUGGAAAGAGGCAGGAACAGGAGAUCUCCGUCUCCUCAGAAGGAACGACAGAAAGAGAGAGAUCGAGGGAAAGAGCGGUACACUCCUACAGAGACCUCGAGCCCUCCUCCAUCCCCCCCAGCACGAAGGAGGUACAGUCCGGAGGAGAACACAAGAACCCAAGGCAAAGUUCCGGAGAAGCCCAAGGAGCGAGUCAGGGACACGCCCUCGGACCUCGAGAACCGAGAGAAGAACAGGACGAGUGAAAGAAAGCGCGCGUCUCCACCCAGAGCUCGGGAGGAGGAGAGCCGGAACAAACGGGGCCCGUCACCAUCACGGUCUCCAUCACGAUCUCCAGGACGACGCCGCGCAGAUCGUCCACGCUCCCCGAGCCCGAAGCGUGGAGGCAGGAGAGCGACGCCACCCCCGCGCCGAGACCGAGAGAGGGAGAGAGAGAGAGAAAGAGGGAGGCCAGGAGAUAGAGACCGAGCACGCUCACGAGAAAGGAGGACGAGAAGCAGCAGGUCACGCAGCCCGCGCAGACGCUCGCCUCCGUACAGGUCCCGUCGUUCUCCUUCUCCUGCAUACCGCCGCAGAAAUAGUCGCUCUCUGUCCAGAGAGAGGGAGAGAGAGAGGGAGAGACAUCGUGAACAACAGAGGGAGAGGGAGCGAGAGCAGGAGAGAGAGAGAGAGCGAGAACGUGAAAGAGAGAGAGAAAAGAAAGCAAGAUCACCUCCUCCUCGCUCUCCGUCUUCGUCCUCUACGUCUUCGUCCUCCUCGAGUUCGUCCUCUUCGUCCUCGCCCUCUCCUCAGAGGAAACCCGAUCCCCAGAAGGACAGAAAGUCCGAGAAGAAGCUCCGCUCUCGCUCCUCCUCGCCUCCUCCAGCUCGGGAUUCUCCUAAACGCUCCAGACAACCUCCUCUGCGUGCCAGGUCUCCUCCCGUCAGCCAAUCGGAAGCCAGAAAGACCUCGAAGGCUCGAUCGAGGAGCCAAUCGCCUGCGGAGCGCCGCACGGCUCUGAGCCCGGAGCGGCCGAUCGGAGGGGAGAACGCGGUGAACGGGAGAGCAGAGAAGGAAGUCGUGAAGCAGCAGAAGAAGAGCGACAGCAGGAGCAGCUCCAGCUCUUCGUCAUCCUCUUCUUCGUCGUCGUCUUCAUCCUCGUCCUCCGAUAGCUCCGACUCCGAGACGGAGAAAGGGCAGGGGAAAGCGGCAGCGAGUAGACCCUCGUCCUCCUCCGAGAGUGAGGAAGUGAAGAAGAAAAGUCCUCCUCGUCGGCCGAGAGAACCUGCUGACUCGCUCAGAGACUCCAGAUCCCUCAGCUACUCUCCUCCUGCCCGUCUGCGCAGAACCGCACGCUCUCCUCCUGCUCGCAGAGUCUGUCUGAAGAGCUCUCCUGAUAUAAUGUGUAGAGAUCGAGGAGCAGAUCGAGCUGCAGGCGGAGAAAAUAGAUAAUCGUGCUGUACAUCACUGACACGUUCUUCGUAUAUUUCUUUUCCCCGACCUUUCUUUUGAGUCUUUGGGAGAAAAAAAAAAACAAAACCACACGGCAGAAACGUGUUUGUAAAUUAUGAUCCGCACAUGAGUUCUGAACUGGAGCGAGGAAUCAUCUCAGAUUUUCUGCACUCACGUUUACCCACAGGGGUGUUUUUGGUUUAUUUUUUACUUUCAUUACGGUGAUGAUGCGUGAGGAAGGAGAGAGAGAGAGAAGUAGAGCCACAGACACGUCAUGUGUUCCUCCGUGCCAACACAAAGCUGAAUACUCAACUAAAAAUAAAUACACCGGUGUGUUUUUUCUCUCUCUCUGUCUCUCUCUCUCUCUCUCUUGGUCUCUCUGUCUCUCUCUGCCCUGCUGCGUUGUUCUGAAUGUAGAUAAGUCACUAUGGUCAGAGCCGUCACUGAGUGGACCGUGUCCCGCUUACACGCCUCUUUCUUUCACUUUGUGGGGAAAAAUGAGGACUAAUGAAUAAAUAAAUAAUAAAUGGUUGUAUCUGUA